UAUUUAUACGUGUUGAAAGCGGACAUUAUGGUACGGUACGUUUUAAAGAAAGCUUCAAGGAUGUGACCAUUGUGUGAUGCGGUCUGCUGUGCCAUCAAGCUGCUACGGUGUGGAAACAUGCAGCUGCCACUCCAAGAUGAGGUCGCCAUAUCUGAAGAUGAUGAUCAUUGGAGUAGCCGUGGUGUUUGCAUUAUUAACCUGGAACCGGAUACAUACAAGCCAUCUAUUCUCAAAACAAAAUACAAAAUCUACUGGAAAAAACCCAGGAAUUGAUGAUUUGAAUCCAGAUGCUUAUCAGAAUAUUCCAAAAGGCAUUUACACAUGUAUGAACCGCACAACAAAAAACUACGAGUACAAUUUUAAUACCGAACUGUACCUGUUACCGGGGAAGGAUGAGAUGUGUGCGAUGACAAUGCAGGACUUGGAAAAACUUUAUCAAAUGUACCUAAGCACAGUACAGACUAUAUGCAAGAGACCUAUCCGGCUCGGGAACCGGAAUGAUGGCGGAUGGGACCUGUGUGUAGAGAAACAGUUUCUGACACCCGGGAAAUGCCAGGUCUAUUCCUUUGGGAUUAAUUACGACUUUACCUUUGACGAUGCUGUAGCUAAGGAUUUUGACUGUGAAGUCCACUCAUUUGACCCAAGUAUGAACCAGGAAAGCUACCAAAGAAGUACCAAACCUUUCGUGUACUUUCAUGACGUUGGUAUCGCUAGUAAAUCACGUAAUGUGAUUGGGAAUAAAGAAUGGAGGAUGUUGAAUCUGAAGGACACAAUGACAGAACUAGGACAUAAAACUAUUCCAGAUGUUAUCAAGAUGGACAUAGAAUACUGGGAAUGGGAUGUUUUACCUGAUCUGUUAACUUCUAGCCAGCUACCCAAGCAGCUUGCCAUUGAGUACCACCUUUGGGAUGCAAAUUAUACUAAUAAAAAGGUUCUAUGGCUGCAUCGCUUGUGGAUUCUGAAGGAUAUAUACGAUGCUGGAUACAGGAGUUUCUGGCUGAAUAGAAACUUACCAUGCACAUUCAAGUCAAAAGCAACAUUAGAUUACAUAUAUGCUUGCCAUGAAGUUUCUUAUGUAAGAACUGAAAAUGACGUCCGACCGAAAACGAAAUAGUGUUGAUUGAGAUGUUGUACUCGAUGGUGCAGCUUAAAUAAUGAAGUGGACUAUAAAUCUAUUGCAUAAUAUGGUCUGGAUAUAUGUUUAUGUGUGAAUAUUUGUAUUUCUAUGCAUUUGUGACAAUUUUCAGAUUCCACAAAUCAUGACUGGACAAAGAAUCUGCAAAAUAAUAUAGGAUUGAAGGAGUGUGAUUAUACAGUUUUUUUUGUAAAAGCCUUUUUUUAUGGUCAAAAUUUUUGGCAAAUGUCAAGAUAAUCCAAUUUUGACAGAUUUCAGAUCAAGUGGCCUUGGCAAAUAGUUCAUUUUGCUAUUCAUUCACCAGGAUGUGUUGCAGUAGUAUUUAAAACACAGAUUCUGUUGUUGUUGUUGACACAAUAAGUAAAGCAACUAUACUCAUUGAACAAGUCAUAAUUAUCUCCCUUGUUUAGGCCCGAGGAUGAACAUACUGUGGUUUACAGUACUGUUUAUAAGGUUUUUGACAGUCUGAUGUUUACAUUGUACAGAACUGAACCAAUCAAGCAUGAUAUGUUACUAUUGAGACUGUAUAAUCUGUAAUAGUUUGUUAUGGACAAAAGCAAUGUUCCACUGGUGUUUUAAUAUUACAGACCCAGGGAUCAAUCUAGGUUUUAGGGGAAAUUACCUUUUUUCUGAUUUGGGGGAAAUUAAAACUUUGAUACAAGGCUCUAGCAUCAUGAAGGUGAAAGAUAAAUGUUUUGUUCGAAGUAUAUUUCAAUUUUCAAGCUUAAAAUUGUAGAAUUUUUGUUUAACUGAAG